GGCAGCCUGAAUGGAAACAGAAAGAGGAGCUUCAGUCAGCCUUUCAUCUGUCCCUCAUACAACCAGCUACAUUUUAUUUCAGUCUGCAAAUUGGUGUUGACUCUUAAUUUCUACAAAUGUGCAUCACAUAACACCCCGCCUUGGCCACCCUGUUUCCCAAAUAGAAAGUGGGAAACACAUAUAGAAAGAGCUACAAAUAAAGGGGGGAAGUCUGCAUGGAAGCAAAGGCGCUGGUCAAUCCUGGAUGAAUGAAGAAGAUUAAGAAAACUGCAUUUUAUUUCAGAAUAGGAAUCAGAACAAUGGUUCUCACAGAAGCAAAGACACCGGUUCUCAGAAGCAAAGACACUGAUUCUAAAUUCCUCAUGAUGACAAGAAGUCAUAGAAUGGUAGAGCUUGUGUUAUGAAAUGCAAGCAAUUUAUUGAUAAUGACACAACCAAUCAUUAGAGUACAAUAUUCAGUGCAAGUUGUGCCUUUCCCUGAGUGAAAGUGAAAGUAGCCGACACUGUCCUCUGGCCGUUGGACUACAAUUCCCAUCAGCCCCAGCCAGCAAGGUCAGGGGCAAUGGGAGUUGUAGUCCAACAACAUCUGGCAGAGGGGUACCCUAGGUUAAGCAGAAGUAAAGUCCAAGGUGAAUAUGUUAUUUAUAGACAAAUAGGUGUGAGUUUGACCAAACUGCGGAAGGCAGUGGAGGACAGGAGUGCCUGGCCUGCUCUGGUCCAUGGGGUCACGAAGAAUCGCACACGACAAAACGACUAAACAACAACAAACAAGCCUUGCUGUGAGAUGGUGAUGAAGUCAGGAGGAGGAGCCAUGAUGCAGGACUACCUACUAGAUGCCUUAGAGGACCUUGGCCAAGAAGAUUUUGAGAAGUUUAAGUUUAAGUUGCGUAUUGCAGCAGCUCCCGGGGGUAAGAAUAUUCCACUUGGACGGAUGGAGAAGGCAACUCGGGAGAAGAUGGUGGACCUUCUGGUUGAGUUUUAUGUGGAGGAGGCUGCUGCCCUGAUGAUAACUAUUUUUGAAGACAUUGGUCUCAAGUACAAUGCUUCUAAACUCAGCAAGGAGAUUGGGAAGCAAGUUCAAGAUUACAAAAAAAAGUAUGCUGAGGAUGUGAAGGAAGAAUACUUGCUAACAGAGGACAGAAACAGCCUCUUUGGUGAGAGCACCCCAUUAAAUGCCCGUUACAUAGAGUUACUUAUCAUCAAAAAACACCGGCCUCAGAAGCAGAGGGAACAUGAAUUGGUUGCUACUGGCAGGCUGCACAUGGAGGUCUUGGAAACUCGCAGUUCAGAUUAUUCAUCAACUGAUAUACAAAGCCUUUUUGAACCUGAUGAAUCGGGAAUAGCCCCAAGAACCGUGGUGUUGCAAGGACCUGCUGGUAUUGGUAAAACGAUGACCGUGCAGAAGAUUAUGCUGGGCUGGGCUGCUGGGGAGCUGUACCAGGAUGUCUUUGACUACGUGUUCUGCUUUCGCUGCAGAGAACUAAGCCUUGCUGAAGAUACCAUCAGCCUGGCUGACCUUAUUGUAGAUCAGUGUCAAGACAUGUAUGCCCCAGUGAAAGGGAUUUUAGCCCACCCUGAAAAGCUGCUUUUCAUCAUUGAUGGCUAUGAUGAGUUUUGUUGCUCCUUAGAGCUCAUAGGAGACAGUUUCUGUGAUGAUCCUUAUUCAAAGGUGUCCAUACAGGGUGUUCUGAGCAGCUUGUUGAGAAAGAAGCUUUUGCCCAAAUCCUACCUGUUAAUCACCACAAGGCCUGGUGCUGCAGAGAGGCUGCAUGGGUGCUUGAAGUUUCCAAGAUUUGCUGAGAUCCUUGGAUUCACUGAGAAAGGUCGUCGUGAAUAUUUUUCCAAGUUCUUUAAAGAUGAUCAGAAAGCCAACCUAGCACUGAGAUUCAUUGAAAAUACUGAUGCAGUGUCCACCAUCUGCUUCAUCCCCAUGGUGUGUUGGAUCAUCUGCUCUGUCAUCAGAGUUGAACUGGAAACUGAAGACGAGAUUGCAGACACCUUGGACACCACAACAAAAGUCUUUGUACAGUUUUCUCACAAUCUUCUUAAGCAUGAGUCUGCGAAAUGGAAAAAUUCCUCUCUGAAUGAGCUCGGAAGACUCUGUUCCUUGGCACGGGCUGGCAUCCUGGGACAGAAAGUUCUCUUUGAGGAGCAGGAUCUUGAGGAACAUAAUUUAGAGGUUUCUCCUCUUAAAGACCUCUUUCUAGACAAAAGACCAUUCCAGAGGGGGAUUGGCCAGCACAAUCUGUACAGUUUUCUCCAUCUUUGCUUCCAGGAGUUUUUUGCUGCCAUGUGGUAUAUUCUGCAGAAGGACUCAAUGGAAGUUUCAGAUAACAGUAUGGGGGACUUGAAGACACUUUUAGCUGAGUGUGAGAAGCCAGGCAAUGAGCAUUUGACAUUAACAGUAUGCUUCAUAUUUGGCCUGAGCAGUGAAAAGGUGCGCAUCUUUCUUGAUCAAACUCUGCAGUGCAAGACAUCUGACCUUGUGAAGCCCCUCUUGCUUCAGAGAGCAGCUGAAGUGGCAACUGAGGAGCCUCCUCGAAAAGGUCAUUGCCUGCUGAAGUUUUUCCACUGUCUGUUUGAGACCCAGGAAGCAGAAUUUGCAGAGUGUGUGAUGCAUCAUUUCCAGAAUAUUGACCUUUCUUUCCAGACACUCUCGGUGUUGGACUGCAGGGUUCUGGCGUUCUGCUUGCAGCACAGUAAAAUCGAGGAUCACUCCAUUGAUCUAACGUUUUGCAGGCUGAAGUCUUACCACAUCAGAGCUUUGGCUCCAGGAAUAAAAAACUGUACAACUUUAAACUUUGGAAGUAACAAACUUGGAAACUCGGGAGUGCAUGUUCUCUGUGCCACUCUGAAGGAACUAGACUGUAAUGUGACUACUCUAAAUCUUGAUGAGAAUUACCUCACAGAUGCUUGCGCCCAAGAACUUUGCAAUAUUCUGAGCACCAGACACACACUCAGCACCCUAAACCUUCAGAACAACUCCUUCUCAGAGGUUUCUGUGCCUUUCAUCCGCCACCUCAUGGAGACCUGCCCCAGCCUGUCUUUUCUGCGGUUGGAAAGUAAUGGAUUUGGUGAAAAAGGAAGGAAACGCUUGAAACAGCAAGAGAAAAAGAUAACUAAGUCAGGACGUCCUUUUUUGUUGUGGCUGUGACACAUUCUAAUUUGUAUGCUCUGGAUCAACAGCAGUCAUGUUACCAAAGGGCAGUAUUGUACUGAAUCAGGUAAACGUGCUUGUAGCUGCAGGAUGGGAGUUCUAGAGCUGAACUCUUUCUUAAAAGAAAGAAAGGCAGCAUUAAGGCUCAGAUGCAAACCUGCCAACUUUAGUUGUUGGAAGUGCUUCCCAAACAGGAAGAAUGACAUGUGCAGUCAUUGGAUUUUUAAAAAAGUAAGCACUUUGAUCAGCUAUCUGAUUUAUUUAUUUUUUAGUAUUUUCUUACAUAAUCUAGCAGCCUUGUUUUAAUUUAAUUUGUAUUUGUUGUUGUUGUUUAGUCGUUUAGUCGUCCGACUCUUCGUGAUCCCAUGGACCAGAGGGUUAAUUUGUAUACCACCUUUUUAUAAUGCUCUACAGAAGGCAGUUUACAAGCUGAAGAAACAACAAAAUUAAACAACAAAGAUCACACAUCUUAUUAACGAUCCAAUCCAACACAAAUAAGGCAAAUUUAAAAAAUGACUUAUAAUCAACAACUUAUAUCCAAUAAAGUAAUACUGUAUUCAACAAUCCAUUAGAAUACAAUAGUACACUAUAAAAUUUAAUUCCAAAAUACCAACAAAUAAUAAUUAAAUAGAAAUUCAUGACCAACAAGUACUGUACAAUAAAUCAUUACUUAAAUUAUAAAGAUAACAGCAAAAUUACAAUACAUAAGAUACUGCAAUGCACAAAAAUCCUUGUAAAAAGGUCAAAUUGAGCAACAGGGGCACAUACCGUAGUUUAUGAAAUUAUUAAAAGAUUCCUCCCGCCCCCGGGUCACGCAAAACUCCUCUCUUCCAGCUGCCUUUGCUGUUCUUAAAGCAGAGGCUGUUGGGAAAGGCUAUUGCUCAAUUGGACAUGAUUAAGGGCAGGCAAAAUGAGGCUCUUUUUCUGUUCUUCACACUUCCCACCCAAGGGAGCUGACAAGAUGCUGAGGCAGUUGUAGUUGUUAAAAUGAGAUGAAGCAGCAAGGUGUUAUACCUACCGUACUCACAUCUCCACGAGUGGCUAGAAACUAAGUAUUCUCAUAGCUUUAUUACAAGUCUUGCAAGUUUUGUCCACUAAUAUGAAAGUUGGCAACCAUGUUAAUGGUAUCUUCUAGGGUUGCCAUAUUUUGAAGAUCAAAAAAGAGGACACGUUUGCCAACUUCUACUUUUAACUAUGGAUUGCUAUGACAACACUUAUUUUACAAACCCACGAAAAAGAGGGUGUGUCCUGGAAAAAGAGGGCAUAUGGCAACCCUACAACAAAUCCAGGUCCUCUUCAAACCCUAGUCAAAAUAAUUUGCAGAGCUGUAUAUUGAUAUAUAGUAACAGUGAGUGUAUUAUAUAGAGGGGGUGAAUCAGGAAGGGGUUUGCAUGGAAUCAUCCUGGACUGUGUGGCCACUGUGAGAACAGGGUGCAGGACUAGAUUGGCUAUUUUGCUUUAUCCAGGAGGACUUUUCUAUGGCCCUGCAAGAACAUGGUCUGCAAAUCCAUCACCAUCUUUGUCACCUUCCCCUGGGCAUAUUCCAGUUUUUUAGUUAUCCUAAAACUGCAGAACCCAGAAACAGACACUGUCUUCCAGGUGAAGUCGGACCAAACCAGAAUAGAGUUUUACUAUUACUCUUGUGCUCUGGACACUAUAUGUUCAUUGUUUCAGCCUAAAAUUUAAUUACCGGUAGCCUUUUUAGUUGCUGCCUACUCCUGUUAAUUAGUGGCCUGCUAAAAACCAUAGAUCAGGCUUCCUCAACCUCAGCCCUCCAGCUGUUUUGGGACUACAACUCCCAUCCUCCCUGACCUCUGGUCCUGUUAGCUAGGGAUGAUGGGAGUUGUAGUCCCAAAACAGCUGGAGGGCCGAGUUUGGGGGUGCCUGACAUAGAUCAUUUUCACAUGUACCAUUGUCAACCCAGGUAUCACACAUCCUCAUUCCUUAAAAUAAAUAAAUAACAUAUUUGUGCAAAUACACAACCUUACAUUUAUCUCUGCUGAAAUUCAUUGUUAGUUUUUUAGUAGUUCUCCGCCCUGUCAUGAAAAUCUUGGUUCCUUUUUCAAUCUUCUAAAGUCUUAGCUACCCUUUACAGCUUGGGAUUAUCUGCUAAUUUUUAUGAACAUCCCUUCCUUCCUUCAUGCAUGACAUUUGCCUCCUUCAUAUAUUUUUUCUGUGUAAUUUAUUUAAUGUUUAUUUGUGGAUUUAAAUAGUACUAAUAUAAUGACUCAAAAUAUUAAAUAAGUAGAGCAUAUCCAUGAAAAUAAAUGGCAAAAUGUCACAUUAAAACUAAGAAAAAGUGCACUGUUAUUUAUUUAUUUCAUUUAUGAGUUGCUUCCCAUGAAACAUCGUGAAGUGAUUAACAAUAAAAGCAUCCAACAAUAAAACCAUAUUUUAAAUUUUUAAAAUCCCAGCACAGGUACAGAUUGGGAUAAGAAUUAACUCCCCCCCCCUUAAGUGACACAUUUCAGUCAAAGUAAAGCGUUUUUAGUGGGAGAGUUAAGAAAAUGUUUAAAUUGCUUUUGCUGAAAUCAUUGGGAUGUGUGUUGUUGUGUGCCUAAUCUUCUUUCCCCUUAUUACUAACUCAUAAAGAGAAGCAUGGAAAAUGAGGUGGAAGGCGGUGCUGGAAGUGUUUUGCAUUGCCAUCAGAACAUAGGACGAUUUCAGCCUAAAGUGGCUUAAAGGAAAUGAAGGUCCAUAGCCUGGGUGCUACCCCUGAUAAUGCCUAGUCAUCUGUACUUAGAAUCAUAGAAUCGUAGAGUUGGAAGAGACCACAAGGGCCAUCCAGUCCAACCCCCUGCCAAGCAGGAAACACCAUCAAAGCAUUCUUGACAUAUGCCUGUCAAGCCUCUGCUUAAAGACCUCCAAAGAAGGAGACUCCACCACUCUCACACCACACCAUACUUGAAGUUCUUCCACUCAGAUGGUGCCUUUAGAAAAGCAUCCCCAGCAAACAUUUGCAUUUCUUCUGAACGUGGCAGCUACAGUGUGGCUUUUAAUUAAAAGCAGAUGUAACAUUUUAUUGUGUUUCCCUAGGGAUUUUUGUUCUCAGAAACUGUUGGGUCAUGAUUGUUGGGUCAGGUCACCCAUUAUAAAAGAGACCACCCCAAUGUGCUUAUGAAAUGUUGCAGUUGUGCUCAGCAGACGGCACCAAGACACUAAAACAGCUUUCACAACUGAAACAGUUGUCUUCAUUUCCCCUUAGUUAUGGCCUUAGGAAGUGAUUCAUGGCGACCAGCUAAAGGGAUAGCAGGAGUACCAGCUUGCAGGGGCAUAGGAAGGGGGGGUGGGGCUCACCCCGGGUGUCAUCCUUGGGGGUGUGUGACAAAAUGGCACACCACAUGGGUUGGCACCUACCAUGGGGCCUGGCCUGCAGCACGCCCAAGCCACACGUCAUUCCUGGGAGUGACGUGGUAGCUUAGGGCCCCACGCUGCCCGAAAUGGCAGUGUGGGGCUUGUGUCCACCAGGCAAACUCUGUGCAGCUUGUUGCGCCGCCCCCCUGGGUGGAUCGCCGUGCCGCCUCUGUGUGUAGAUCGCCCUGCCCCCGCCGCUCCAGGUACCAGAGCAGCUAGCUAUGUCCCUGCCUGCU